CUACCGUAUGCGUUUUCGGCUGGCCGCAUGAACCCUCCCUCACACUGAAUGAGAGGCAAAGCUCAGAAAUGUUUCCAACUUCACAAGUUUUCUGUUAUUUAUUUGUUUAGUAUUUUAUGUUUAUGUUAAUAGUUCAGAGUAGCACUUUAUUUGGAGUGUUUACAGUUUGGUCCUGCAUGUGGAGUGUUUGACGGGCCGCAGCAGGUUAAUGCAGGAGUCUGAAGCAGCAGCACCUCGUUGACAUGAACUUCCCGCCAAGCAAGAGACUGAAAGGCCAUCAGGUCCCAGCUGAGCCCGACCCGUUUGACGAUGACAUCGAUUUCACCCAGGAUGACCUGGAGCAGAUUGACAUCAUCGCGUCCCAGGCCAUCACAGGAGACGGCCAGAGCAGUGGGUCAAAGAGAACAUUUGCUUCUGUGUUCGCUUGCGCUGCUGAGCAAAGCAAAGCACCUGGGAAAUCCGGCCGGAAAACAUUUGCCAUCGGAGACGGCUGCAGCAGCAGCAGCACGAAUAACAAUAAAGAAGCGCAAGGAAAAGAUGCGUUCGUGGACGGACAUUCCAGUAAAGAUGGAGAAGAUCUGUACUAUAAGCAGUUAGAGCAACAGCAAGCAGACCUGAAGAAAAAGCUGAAGGAGGUAGAGGAGGAGAUCCUGAUGAAGAACGGAGAGAUCCGAGUCCUGCGUGACUCCCUGAAACAGGCCAAUCAGGAGAAGGAGCAGCGGCGGCAGACCCAGCUCGCCCUGGAGAAAGAGAAAGCUCCCGCUCAGAGCGAACGCGAUAAGGAGCUGUCCAGGAAGGUGCAGUCGCUGCAGUCAGAGUUGCACUUUAAAGAAGCCGAGAUGAACGAAAUGAGAGGGAAACUUCAGAGCGCUGAGCGCGGAGGAAAGCAGCCCGGCACACCUGCACGAAACAUUGUUCACUCUCCUGCGAGACAAGCGUUCAUGACUAAAGAAAACCUUUCAGCCGAAUUCUCCAAGAAAAUAUCUCCUGUCAAAAAAGGCCAUUUAUUAGAGGAAGAGCCAGGAUUGGACCGAACCCUCAGCGCCGAUCACCAACAGGAAGGCUGUGUGUUACUGAACCUGCUGCUGCAGCGGCCGCUGGAUCCGAGCGCUUUGGGUCUGUGUCACCUGCUGUCCAUCAGUCCUGACACUCUGCCGAACAUCCGGUCACCGCUCGGAUACGUCAGCCUGGGAUCUUUGGCAACUUCCAGCUCGUCCUCCACAGAAUUCAGAUCGCUUCACCGUCCUCGAGCUCGAUUCCAUCAGCUGCAGAGUCUGGCUACGUCUGCUCUGACCGCAUUAGCUCUCCAUCACCCCGAUAGUGUCCCACAUAACCCAGACGCUGCUCUCCAAACCGCCCAGCGCUCCUGUCCGGCCGCGGCACACUUCCUGCCCCUGCUCAGCUUCCACAUCAGCACGUACUGCCAGUCGCUGGAGAGCUCAGCGAAGGCCUCGCUCCACGGCAGCUCACUGUCGGGAUCGUCUGACUCCAGCCUGACCUCGAGUCUGGAGGAGUCUCUCAGCGGACAGGAGGAGUUCGUCCUGGCCGCCAUGAAAGCGCUCGGUCAUAUAGUGUGCUACAGCAGCGAGGCUCUGGAGGGGGUUUUGUGCCAUAAGGAGGAUGUGAACCGGCCGCAGGGUUCGAAAAAUCUCCUCAGCGCCUCUGAACAUCUGAACGGGGACACGCAGACACAGCUGCCUCUUCUCAGGAGGAUCCUACAGCUGGCAGAUCCGGCCUUCAUUACCGCCGCUGGCCAGAGGCAGGCGCUAGUGAGCGCUAGUUUGAAGACACUUAGUUUGCUGGCCGAGAGAGCGCAGGACAACCAGCUCAUGAGACUCCAGGUGGUGAUGUCAAGUCAAGUGUUGUCUAAAUGUCUGACUCUGGAGACGUCCUACAGAAUUGUCCAUCUGUCUGUGAGAUUUCUGUCGUUUAUCAUCUAUAAUGAAGAGAUGGCCACUAAACUCUGCUCACAUGAAUAUCCAUGUCCUUUUCUCAAAAUGUUCCAGUACGUCACCUCUAGACCGGAUAAAUCCGCUUCUGAGGAUGUGUGGACUCGUUUAGAACUAGAGGUCAUCCGGUUAUUAACCAAACUGUUCACACAGAAGACAGGAACAUGGGCGGCUUUGUGUGAAUCAUCCUGCCAAUGUAUUAAUGAGGUGGUGCGGACAGUUGUUGUGCUUUUACACAGACAAUGGCUGAAAACAAAAGGCAGAGGAAGUCAGACAGCGGUUAAUCGGAGCUGGACGAGUCCUGGAUUGCAGGUACUGCGAGAAGCUUUGAUGUUACUGCACUGGCUGCUGUUGAAGGACUCGUCUUUUUCCGAACACUGUCUGGACGUCCUGCACAUGUACGAUCAGGUCAUUCCCGCCAUCAGAGACACGUUCCGUCUGGUCCCAGAUCUGUCUGAGAGCGAAGAACUGGCUCUGGAGGAGAUCUGCAGAUCUGAAACGGAGUACGUUGAAGACAUGGAUAUGGAAACGGGGUCAUAAUGAUCAAACACAAAGUCAUGUUUUGUAAUAAACGGUGGUUAGUGUUUAUCUUGCAAUUUUCCCCUCAGAAACAUUGUUCGUCUUGUCUCCUCAGAUUUU